GGCGGAGGUGGUGGAGGGGGAGCGGGAGGGCCGGGUGGGCCUGGGCAGAGGGCCUACAAGCAGACAAUGGCCCAGAGGGCCCGCUCGAUGGCCCUCUACAAUCCGAUGCCAGCUAGGAGAGGGUGCCUCGAUCCCAACCGAUCGCUCUUCAUUCUGGGAGAAGACAACCCGUUCAGGAAACUCGCCAAGCGCAUCACCGAGUGGCCGCCCUUCGAGUGGAUGAUCCUGACGACGAUUAUCGCCAACUGCAUCGUGCUGGCGCUGGAGCAGCAUCUUCCCGACGAGGACAAGACGCCGCUGUCCAAGAAGCUGGAGGAGACAGAGCCAUACUUCAUCGCCAUCUUCUGCUUCGAGGCGGGCAUCAAGAUCCUGGCGCUGGGCUUCCUACUGCACAAGGGCUCUUACCUGCGCAACGGAUGGAACGUGAUGGACUUCGUGGUCGUCGUUACCGGGCUGCUCGCUAACAUGGGCAGCUACUACGACCUGCGCACUCUGCGUGCCGUCAGAGUGCUACGGCCGCUCAAGCUCGUGUCAGGCAUCCCAAGUCUGCAGGUGGUACUCAAGUCCAUCAUGAAGGCGAUGAUCCCCUUGCUGCAGAUUGAGCUGCUCCUCUUCUUUGCUAUCCUCAUGUUCGCCAUCAUCGGCAUGGAGUUCUACAUGGGCAAGCUGCACAGCACCUGCUACAACAACGUCACCGAAUCCUGGGAGGACGACCGCCUGUGCGGGGUGCGGCCUUGCCCCAACAACCUCGUGUGCCAGUCGGGCUGGAUCGGCCCCAACUUCGGCAUCACCAAGUUCGACAACAUCCUCUUCGCGAUCCUCACCGUCUUCCAGUGCAUCACCAUGGAGGGCUGGACAGACCUCCUCUACUACACCAACGACGUGUACGGGAGCAAGUGGAACUGGCUCUACUUCGUUCCCCUCAUCAUCAUUGGCUCCUUCUUCAUGCUCAACCUCGUGCUGGGAGUCCUGUCUGGGGAGUUUGCCAAGGAGCGCGAGCGUGUGGAGAACCGCCGCGCCUUCCUCAAGCUGCGUCGGCAGCAGCAGAUCGAGCGCGAGCUCAACGGGUACAUGGAGUGGAUCUGCAAGGCCGAAGAGGUGAUGCUUGCGGAAGAGGACAGGAACGCAGAGGAGAAGUCUGCCUUCGACGUCCUGAGGAGGGCCACGCUACGGAAAAGCCGGAAUGAUUUAAUCCACGCAGAGGAAGGUGGCCUGGCCGCAGAGAAGCAGCAGCAGACGCCCAGUGUCGCGGAGCCUGGCUCCCCGUUCGCCCGCGCCAGCAUCACCGGCGUUAAAGCCGACGGCGCCAGCGCGGGCAUCGGCGCGGGAAUCGGCGGCGUCGGAGGGGGCAGCCUGGCCGGUGCCUCGGGCGGCGCCGGCGCCGGCGGCGUCGCGGCCGGUGCCGCUGCGGCCUCCUCCUCCUCGUACUUCCAGCGCAAGGAGAAGCGCCUGCGCUUCUGCAUCCGCCGCAUGGUGAAGUCUCAGGCGUUCUACUGGACGGUGCUCUGCCUGGUGGCGCUCAACACGCUCUGCGUCGCCAUGGUCCACUACAAGCAGCCCAAGGAGCUCACCGAAGUGCUCUCUUACAUGGAGUUUGUGUUCCUGGGUCUCUUCCUGCUGGAAAUGAUGCUCAAGAUGUACGGGCUCGGGAUGCAGAACUACUUCCACUCCUCCUUCAACUGCUUCGACUUUGCGGUGGUGAUCGGCAGCAUCUUCGAAAUCAUCUGGUCCACUCUGCAGCCCAGGUCGGCGUUUGGCCUCAGGGUUCUGCGGGCCCUGAGGCUUCUGAGGAUCUUCAAGGUCACCAAGUACUGGUCAUCUCUGCGGAAUCUGGUCGUGUCUCUGCUCAACUCCAUGAAGUCCAUCGUGUCCCUCCUCUUCCUGCUCUUCCUCUUCAUCGUCGUCUUCGCUCUGCUGGGCAUGCAGCUCUUCGGGGGCCAAUUUAACUUCGACCACAGCACCCCCGACACGAACUUCAACACCUUCCCGGCGGCCAUCAUGACCGUGUUCCAGAUCCUGACGGGCGAGGACUGGAACGUGGUGAUGUACGAUGCCAUCGUGUCGCAGGGUGGCGUCGACGACGGGAUGUUCGCCUCCCUCUACUUCAUCGUCCUCACCCUCUUCGGGAACUACACCCUCCUCAACGUCUUCCUGGCCAUCGCUGUGGACAAUCUCGCCAAUGCCCAGGAGCUGACCAAGCAGGACGAGGAGGAGGAAGAGGAGGCUGCCACGCAUAAACUCGCCAUGCAGAAAGCCCGGGAGGUCGCCGAGGUCAGCCCCAUGUCGGCCGCCAAUCUGUCCAGCAAGGAGCCACGGCUCUCCUCCAAGCCGCGCUCCGUGUGGGAGCAGCGCGCCAACGAGCUGCGGCGCCAGCACCUGCGCGCCACCAGCACGGAGGCCCUCAACGCCAGCCCCUUCCGCACCUCGUCGGCCUGCUACCGGCCCCCGCCCGACCCCACGGCCACGCGGCCCCCGCAGGCCGCUGGAGCCGCCGUCGUCGGCGGAAUCGGAGUCGGCGGAAUCGCCGGCGCCGUGCCGACCGGAGGCCUGGCGCUCGGGCACCCGGGCCGCGAUGACGUGUUUACCGGAGAGAGGGAGUUCCUCCUCGCCUCCUCGGGCCUGGAGGCCCCGCGGAGACCCAACGGAGUGCCGCGGGACGGGGAGCUCAACGGGCAGAGGGGUGCCGCCGAUGGCGUGCGCAGGGACGGCCAGGCGGCGGGCGUCAACGCCACCGCGGGCGUGCCCUCCCUCCUCGACGCCAAGGGCCCGGGGUCGGAGGGCAACGGCAAGGGCGGGGGCAAGGCGGAGCCGAGCCAGCUGGUGAAGAUCCCCGUGACUCUGACCGGGCCCGCCGGAGACUCCACACAGCUGCAAGGCGCGGGGAAGGAGGAGAAAGAGGCGGAGGCGGAGGAGGGGGAGGGGGCGGAGGGCGACCCCACGGGCCCCAAGCCCAUGGUGCCCUUCAGCUCCAUGUUCGUCUUCAGCACCACCAACCCUGUGCGCCGUGCGUGCCACUACGUGGUGAACAUGCGCUACUUCGAGAUGUGCAUCCUCAUGGUCAUCGCCAUGAGCAGCAUCGCGCUCGCCGCAGAGGACCCCGUCGAGGCCGGCUCCAUCCGCAACAAGGUGCUGCGCUACUUCGAUUACGUCUUCACUGGGGUCUUCACCUUCGAAAUGGUCUUCAAGAUGAUCGACCUGGGCCUGGUGCUCCACCGUGGGGCCUACUUCCGCGACCCCUGGAACAUCUUGGACUUCAUCGUCGUGAGCGGCGCCCUCCUCGCGUUCGCCUUCUCAAGCAACACGGAAGCCGAGGGCCCCAAGAACCGCAAGGGAGGCAAGGGAGGCAAGGAUCUGAACACCAUCAAGUCCCUGCGCGUGCUGCGCGUGCUGAGGCCCCUGAAGACGAUCAAGAGGCUCCCCAAACUCAAGGCCGUGUUCGACUGCGUGGUGAACUCCCUGAAGAACGUCCUCAACAUCCUCAUCGUCUACAUCCUCUUCAUGUUCAUCUUCGCCGUCAUCGCCGUGCAGCUCUUCAAGGGGCGCUUCUUCUUCUGCAGCGACAACUCCAAGGAUCUCGAGAAGGACUGCAGGGGCUACUUCCUGGAGUACAAGAAGAACACGGUGGCCGAGGCGAAGAAGCGCGAGUGGCAGAAGUUCGACUUCCACUACGACAACGUCCUGUGGGCCUUCCUCACUCUCUUCACCGUCUCCACGGGGGAGGGGUGGCCUCAGGUGCUCAUGCGCUCGGUGCAGGCGACUUACGAGGACCAGGGGCCCAGCCCCGGCUACCGCAUGGAGAUGGCCAUCUUCUACGUCGUCUACUUCAUCGUCUUCCCCUUCUUCUUCGUCAACAUCUUUGUGGCGCUCAUCAUCAUCACCUUCCAGGAGCAGGGCGACAAGGUCAUGUCCGAGUACAGCCUCGAGAAGAACGAGCGCGCCUGCAUCGACUUCUCCAUCAGCGCCAAGCCGCUGACCAAGCACAUGCCCCAGAACCGCAACACCUUCCAGUACAAAAUGUGGAAGUUCGUCGUCUCCUCCUCCUUUGAGUACUUCAUCAUGACCAUGAUCGCCCUCAACACCGUCGUGCUCAUGAUGAAGUUUCACAACGCCCCCGUGGAGUAUGAGCAAGUGCUGAAAUACCUGAACAUCGUCUUCACCGUGCUCUUCUUCAUGGAGUGCCAGCUCAAGAUCGUCGCCUUCGGGAUCCUAAACUACUUCAAGGACUCGUGGAACAUAUUCGACUUCGUCACGGUGAUUGGCAGCGUGACGGACAUCGUGGUGACGGAGCUCAUCAAGAAGAAGAAUCUGAACCUCAGUUUCCUGCGGCUCUUCCGAGCGGCACGGCUCAUCAAGCUGCUGCGCCAGGGCUACACCAUCCGCAUCCUGCUGUGGACCUUCGUGCAGUCCUUCAAGGCCCUGCCCUACGUGUGCCUCCUCAUCGCGAUGCUCUUCUUCAUCUACGCCAUCAUCGGCAUGCAGGUGUUUGGUAACAUCAAGCUGAAUGACGACACGGCCAUCAAGGAGCACAACAACUUCCAGAACUUCUUCCAGGCACUCAUGUUGCUCUUCAGGAGCGCGACGGGCGAGGCGUGGCACGAGAUCAUGCUGGCGUGCCUGAGUGGGCGCGAGUGCGCCAAGGGCACGGACAUCUUCGAGAAGGACUGUGGCAGCGACUUCGCCUACUUCUACUUCGUCUCCUUCAUCUUCCUCUGCUCCUUCCUGAUGCUGAAUCUCUUCGUGGCGGUCAUCAUGGACAACUUUGAGUACUUGACACGAGAUUCCUCCAUCCUGGGCCCGCACCACCUGGACGAGUUUGUGAGGAUUUGGGGGGAGUACGACCCCGCGGCUACCGGGCGUAUCCAGUUCUGGGACCUCUACUACAUGCUGAGGGUGAUCUCGCCUCCGCUGGGGCUGGGCAAGCGGUGCCCACAGCGCGUGGCCUACAAGCGCCUGGUGCGGAUGGACAUGCCGAUCGCGGAAGAUCGCACCGUGCACUUCACCACCACGCUCAUGGCGCUCAUCCGCACCGCCCUGGACAUCAAGAUCGCCAAGGGUGGUGCGGACAAGUUCGAGUGCGACAGCGAGCUGCGCCGGGAGAUGAUGGCCAUCUGGCCCAACAUCUCCCACAAGACGCUGGACCUGCUGGUGCCCCCGCACAGAGCUACGGACAUGACGGUCGGCAAGGUGUACGCUGCCAUGCUCAUCUACAACUACUACAGGCAGAACAAGAAUCGGCGCUCGCAGCUGGCGCAGGGAGACGGGCAGCAGAGCCGCAAGCCGUCGCUCUUCCAGAGGAUGCUGGGGUCGCCCCGCUUGGACGCCCGGCCGGACAUGCAGGCGGGCCAGCAUCCACUGCUCGACGGAGAGACGCAGCCGGGUGAGCUCACCACGUCGGUGUCGUGGGUGACCCAGCGGGCCCAGGAGAUGGUUCAGAGGACGCGGCAGAGCCGGCGCAUCGAGCCCCCCUUCAGCGGAUACGGCGCCGUGCAGACGUACGAGCUGAGUGCCCUCUCCUGCGCCGGAGACCCCCGCGCCUCGCUGGAGGCCCAGGCCCGCGCCACCUCCCUCCCCCGUCUCACCGUCGACGCUCAGCCGUUCCUGGCCGGCCUGCACCCAGCACUGUCGCCCAUCCGGGACGCGAGCCCCAUCAAGCGCUCCGCCUCGCUGCUGGGCGCCAGCGUCCGCACCCCGGGGCCCGACCUGGCCGAGCUGUCCCUGGAGCGCGUGAGCCCCGACCGCGGGGCCCCCCCGGACCCCGUCUCCGCCGCUCACCGUGCCCCGGGGAGCCUCGCCGGCCUCGCCGGGGGACCCUCCCCGGCGAGGCCGGCCAAGCGGGGCGGCCCGGACGCCACCGUCGCUGUCGGCGGGCGCCAGCAGAGGCGGCCGCCCCCGCCGCCGGGGUCCGCGCGCCACUCGGACGUGUGGACCGGCUCUCAGAUGGAGCUGAGCUCCCCCAGGAUGGGCCGCCUGGGCGAGGCCUCUGACCCGGCCUCACGCUCACGCACCCGCAGGGGCGUGGGCACGCACGCCCCACCGGCCGGCACGCGCAAGGCCGGCAGCCGCUCCCUCAGCAGCAGCCCUGUGCGCCCGGGCCUCGGGUACCCGUCGGAGUCGUGCACGCCGGUGUGCGGCACGCCCCUGCGCACGCGGCGCCGCCAGCUCCCGCGCACGCCCCAACAGCAGCAGCAGCAAGCGGCGGCGGGGGGGGCGGUGGCGCCGCUCCACCCCGGCCGCUCCGGGCCCGGCACCCGCUCCUCCUCGCCCCCCGUGCGGCCGCCGUCGCCCUCCGCCGCGGGAACCGGCGCCGUCUCCGGCGCCGUCUCCGGCGCCGUCUCCGCCGCGUCCGUGGUGCGCCGCUCCGCCGGCUCCCGUCCCGCGCCGGCCAAGCGCGUGUGCUCGCUGGUGCUGGAGGGCCGCGAGUGGGAGGGCGGCCGAAUGACGCCGGGGGACCGGCGCGGCGGCGGCGACGACGACGAGGAUGAAGAGGAGGAAGGGGAGCGCGAGGAGGAGGAGGAGGAAGAGGAGGAAGAAGAGCCGUGGUCGAAGCGAUCGUCGCACGAGCGACAGCGCGCGAGGACGCCGCGCGACGACGAGUUCGGCCGCCGGGCUCCCGGCGGCGGCGGCAGAGGAGGAGGAGGAGGCGGAGUCCGUUCCUCGGCGCCCGGCGGCCGGCACGGCGGCUCGACCGGCCCGGCGCGCCACCACGCGUCCGACCCCUACCUGAGCCUCACCCGCGGCGCCGGCGCCGCGACGCCGGGGCCGCGCUCGCCUCCGGCGGGGCACGGCCACGCGCCGGUGCGUCGGGCGGCGAGGCGGCGCGGGGGAGGGGACGAGGACGAGGAGGCGGCGAUGGGGGGGGGCGUCCCGGAGCGGGCGACCCACGGCCCCCGGCCGCCGCGGCUGCCCAACGGCCACCGGCCGCGGCGGCACGCCGGCGCGCCGGGCGCGAGGCCGCGGGGCGGCGCGCGGAGGGGGGGCGAGCGGGCGUGCAGCGAGACGGACGAGGACGACUGGUGCUAGCUCCCUCCGGAGUCGACCGACCCGGCGACCCGCCGUCCGACCGACGGAGCGACCGGCAGACGGACGGAAGCGAGCGGCGAAUGGACGAGCGGGAAAACCGACGGACGAGUGGACGGACGGAUGGACGUGUGGACGGACGGACGGAUGAAAGAAAUGGACGGACGGGUGGGAUAGAAUGAUGGACGGACAGGACAAAUGGAUUGAAGCAAUAGAUAGACAGAUCGGCAGAGAGGUGGAAGGGAGCAAUAGAUUGGCAGACAGAUCAACAGCAAGAUGAUAAAUGUAUGAAAGCAAUAGAUGAUCAAACUGAUGAAAGACAGAUGGACGGAGGGAGAGAUGGACAAACGGACAGGUAGAUGGAUUGAUGGAUAGAUGGUUGAACGUGAUAGAUAGAUGGACGCACAGAAAGAUGAUACGAAAAGACGUGAGGGAGGGAGAUGCACAGCCACAUCGACACGUGGAUCGGCAGAUGAACAAACAGGCAGACGGGGACAGGAAGCGUGAAUCUGAGAGAGUGAGAGUCGCACACGGACUCACGGACUCACGGACACACCGAUGGACACACGGACGGACUCACGGACUCACCGAUGGACACGCCGAUGGACACGCGGACGGACACACUGACGAGCGGACAUACGGACGGACGGACGGACGUGGACGUGCCCAGUCGACGCAGCGAGACGCUGACGGGACAAGUGACCGCACCACCCCGAGCACCACCCCGAGCGCCGCCCCGAGCGUGGCUCUGCGAGCCCACCGGACGUCCGGCUCCAACCACGGAGUUCCACCCGGCCCCCCACUCCCCUGCCCCCCCUGCUACCCCCAACCGUCGCCUCGCGUACAGAAUGAAGGUCGCAAACUCAAACACCGCCCCUCCCACCGACCCAUCCCGGCCAAUAAUCACCGACACCUCCGCGGUGGGGGGGGGGGGGGUCGCUAAAGCGUGUACCGCUUUGUGGGUUGGUCAAGCUGGGACGGCGGUCCCCCCACGGAAGGACUUGAUCCCUGCCAUAAGACUGUGGAGUUUUCCACCGCUGGGCUCAGGACCGCCAAACUAAGGGGUGAUGGGAGCUCGCGCCGUCAAGAGCCGAGAUCUUUUGUCUGUUCCCCCCUCCGGUGAUAACUUUAGUGUACAAAUACAAUUACGAAUAAUAACAACAAUAAUAGUAAUAGCAGACACCAGCCAUGAAUGGACCUUAGUGUAUUUGCUUAUGCUGUGGCGGUGCGUGCGUGCGUGCUCACGCGGGGAGCGGUGGCAUAGCGGUUAGCGCUACGAACCCGGCCACCCGAGUUCGAUUGCCGCCCACGGCCAACACCGGUGACGAUUAUCUGAACCGGUCCUGGACCUCCCAAUAGGUCGACUCAGCCUCAAAUGAGUACCUGGUGCGGUGUGUAAACAUCACCACUGGGGAGACAAAGGCGGCCGGGCACGGUGCUGGCCACCCACCCCCUCGUGUGCCGUGCCGGCCUUCUGCUACUCGCUAACAGCACUUGCCCCUACAGUCUGCUAAGGCUAUACAGGGGGGUGGGUCUUUGUAUACGCGCGUGCGUGUAUGCGUGUGUGUGUGUGCGUGUGUGCGCGUGUGCGCGUGUACGCGUGUGCGUGUGUGCGUGUAUACGUGUGUGUGUACGUGUGUGUACGUGUGUGUGCGUUCUGUGCGGUACGGGGGGAUUGUGAAGCUUUGGCAAUUUCAGGACGACAGCUCUCUGGGGGGGGGGUGCGGGAGGGAGGGAGCGGAAAGGAGAAAAAACCCAAAAUAUUCGGACGUUGUCCGAAAUGUAAGACGUCACGGGGCAGUGACGUCACUUCUGUGACGUCGCUUCCAAAAGAGAAUGACGCGGGUGGGGGGGAGGAGGGCGAUUCGCGGACAGAGGAUCAGGAGCCCCGCGGCCUCGAGCGGCAGACAACGGUCGCGUUUAGAAAGGGGGGGGGGGCGAGAUCGCGUCACAGAUUGGUGCCAGCAAAUUGUGACAAUUUCCCGUCAGCGCUAAUUGAAAUUAUACGAAUCGGAGAGCUAUGAAGUCGUGAAAGCCUCAUAGCUUUACACAAUUGUGAACUAAAUCCGAUUAUCGAAAGGAAACAAACAGGGCGGCAGCGGUGACGUCACGCCUGUUGCCUCACAGCGAAGAUCCCCAUGGGUUCGAUUCCCGACUCCGGGGUGCCUCUCUGUGUGUGUGUGUGUGUCGUGUGUGUGUGUCGUUGUGUGUAGUCGUUGUGUGUGUCGUGUGUGUGUGUGUCGCGUGUGUGUGUGUCGCGUGUGUGUGUGUAGUUUGUGUGUAGUUGUGUGUGUGUGUGUGUAGUCGUUGUGUGUGUGUGUGUCGUAGUUUGUGUGUUCUGUCUCCGGUUUCCUACCAAAGCUCAAAGAAAGAAAACCGUGAAACGCGGACAAACACGCUCUCACACAACGUGACAACCGGCAUUGGCCGAACAACAAUUUAUCGAUUGGGAUCACAGCAGCAGCAUCAGCAGCCUCGCUACCCCCACGACUGCAAAAGGGAAAACGUGGCAGGACCCUCCUGAAAAGCAGUGUUGAGACUCCCAAGCGAGGCUCUCCAAGCUAAAGAAGCGUAAUAUAUUUAUGAUGAUGAUAAUAACAACAAAGUAAAGUCAGAAACGCUUCCCUGACACGUGCGCACGCUUUGUGCGCUUUGUGCAUGCGUCCGUCUGUCCGUACGGAGAGUAUGUGGGUGAGUCUACACAGCCCUCUGGCUGGGCAUGAUGACUUCUAUGACGAUGACGACAACGACGACGAUGAUGAUGAUGACGACGACGAUGAUUG